ACAACUGAAAAGCAACGUUUAUCUAAGUUAUUAAAAUAAGGGGGUUUAGGGUUUAUCCUUGUGGAAUCAUCUUUGAAUUCAGAACCCUGAACCCCUUUCUGUCUGGAUGCAGCAGGGAUUCUUUGAGGGAUAUUGAAGUUAAAAAUGGUAGAUACUCUUUCUUCCAAGGUUGAUCGCUCCGCUGGAGCUGGAGAUGAAGAUCGUGCUGCUAAUCUUCCUCGCACAUUCAAGUAUUUAUUGGCCACACAGUUUUUGUCUCGGGGAAUUCCCUUCAUCUUCAAUUCAUGGAUCGUCAGGCAUUUAACCGAGGAAGAUUAUGCUAUGUAUGCUGUGCAGUUUCAUCUAUUUGUCACAUGUGUCUUGUUCCUUAGUCGAGAGGGUUUCAGAAGAGCAUGCAUGAGGGCAGACAUUAGAUGUGAUGAUGCUCUAACUAGUGAAAAUACAACAAAGCUUCUGAAAUUAGCCUGGAUAACUCUUCCAUGGGGAGUAUUCAUCACAAUUGUUGGAUGUGUAUUUGUCUUCUGGACACAAGGUUUAAGUUUUUCAAAUCCAUACGGACAAGCCAUCCUAAUCAAUGCCUUUGCUUGCAUUUUGGAGCUGUUAGCAGAACCCUUGUAUAUACUUUCACAGAACUUGCUUCUUUUAAAACUCCGGUUGAUUGUUGAAACUGCAGCCACUCUUUUGCGAUGCUUAACAGUUUACAUCUUUAUUAUCAUGCAAAUUGACAUGGAAAGAGCUAUUGUAUUUGCAUUGUCUUCAACUGCAUACGGAGGUUGCAUUUUCUUUUUCUAUUGGGGUUACUUUCUGUUUCUCAAAAGAUACAAACUUUCUGUUCUUUUUCCUUUCAGUGUAGGAAACUACGAUAAGCAGCUUUCAAAAAUGUGUACAUUAUUCACCCUUCAGUCAUUCCAAAAAUUGAUACUUCAAGAAGGUGAAAAGAUGGUUCUUGUGUGGUUUGAUACACCAUAUAACCAAGCUGUAUAUGGACUUGUAGACAAAUUAGGUAGCUUAGUUGUCAGAUUGGUGUUACUUCCUUUUGAAGAAAGUUCAUAUGCAACAUUUGCAAAGUCUGCAUCAGGAGACGACAAACAGAAGAAAAGGAAACUACAGACUUCUCUAAAAGAUGCUUUGAAGCUUGUUAUAUUAAUUGGAUUGGUGUUUAUGGCAUUUGGCCCUAGUUAUUCCUACUCUCUCAUCAGAUUGCUCUAUGGUAAAAAAUGGAGUGAUGGAGAAGCUGCUUCAGCUCUUCGAUACUACUGUCUGUAUGUGGUUGUUCUUGCUAUAAAUGGAACAUCUGAAGCCUUCUUACAUGCAGUUGCAACAGAGGAUCAACUCAAACAGUCAAACAAUUCCUUGGUUGUGUUUUCAUUUAUUUAUGUGGUGCUUAACAUUCUGCUAAUUCGGUCAGCUGGGGCAGUUGGAUUGAUCUUUGCAAAUGCUCUCAAUAUGGUGUUCCGUAUAAUUUACUCAGCCAUUUUUAUCAGACGUUACUUUCAGGAUUCCACAUCAUUUUCGUUUCAUAGCUGCUUACCUGGCGGCUGGAUGAUUUUAUUGUUUUCAAGUGCAGUAACUCUUGUUUCUGAGAGAGUAAUUUUGGAUCGUGAUAACUUCUGGCCAACAUUUUGCAUUCACUUUUUCAUUGGGUUUGGUUGCUUCUGUGUUGCAUCCUUUGUAAUUUAUCGACGGGAGAGAUCUUUCAUCAACAAGGUUGUUAGGUUUCGUCAACAUUCUGACUGAAACAAAAAGUUUAUCAAGGAAGGUGAGAUAAAUUGACAUUGAUUGGAGAAAGAUGGGGUAGAAAGUUAUUAUAUACACAAUUUCAAUUUUUAUUUGAUUAAAUUUCACGAUGUAUAACUUUAUAAAGGUAAGAAAGAUAAUUUAUUUGCUACUUUGAAAUACCAAGUAAUUUUGCCACGUCA